AGGGGAGCUCGUCCAUCCAUUGAAGCACAGUUCACUAUGAUCUUACUCACAUUCAGCACUGGAAGACGGUUGGAUUUCGUGCAUCAUUCGGGGGUAUUUUUCUUGCAAACCUUGCUUUGGAUUUUAUGUGCUACCGUCUGCGGAACGGAGCAGUAUUUCAAUGUGGAGGUUUGGUUACAGAAGUACGGCUACCUUCCACCAACUGACCCCAGAAUGUCGGUGCUGCGCUCCGCGGAGACCAUGCAGGCCGCCUUAGCUGCCAUGCAGCAGUUCUAUGGCAUUAACAUGACAGGAAAAGUGGACAGAAACACAAUUGACUGGAUGAAGAAGCCUCGAUGUGGUGUACCUGACCAGACAAGAGGUAGCUCCAAAUUUAAUGUUCGUCGAAAGCGAUAUGCACUAACAGGACAGAAGUGGCAGCACAAACACAUCACUUACAGUAUAAAGAACGUAACUCCCAAAGUAGGAGACCCUGAAACCCGCAAAGCUAUUCGCCGUGCCUUUGACGUGUGGCAGAAUGUAACUCCUCUGACAUUUGAAGAAGUUCCUUACAGCGAAUUGGAAAACGGCAAACGUGAUGUGGAUAUAACCAUCAUUUUCGCAUCUGGUUUUCAUGGAGACAGUUCUCCCUUUGAUGGAGAGGGAGGGUUUUUGGCACAUGCCUACUUCCCUGGACCAGGAAUUGGGGGAGAUACUCAUUUUGACUCAGAUGAGCCAUGGACACUAGGAAAUCCUAACCAUGAUGGAAAUGACUUAUUUCUUGUAGCAGUUCACGAACUGGGACAUGCUCUGGGAUUGGAGCAUUCCAAUGACCCCACUGCCAUCAUGGCCCCAUUUUACCAGUACAUGGAAACUGACAACUUCAAACUGCCUAAUGACGAUUUGCAAGGCAUCCAGAAAAUUUAUGGUCCACCUGACAAGAUUCCUCCACCGACAAGACCUCUCCCGACAGUGCCCCCACACCGCUCUGUUCCUCCGGCCGACCCACGCAAGAAUGACAGGCCUAAGCCUCCUCGGCCUCCCACUGGCAGACCUUCCUAUCCCGGAGCCAAACCCAACAUCUGCGACGGGAACUUUAACACUCUAGCUAUUCUUCGCCGUGAGAUGUUUGUUUUCAAGGACCAGUGGUUUUGGCGAGUGAGAAACAACAGGGUGAUGGAUGGAUACCCCAUGCAAAUCACUUACUUCUGGCGGGGCUUGCCUCCUAGUAUCGAUGCGGUUUAUGAAAACAGUGAUGGGAAUUUUGUCUUCUUUAAAGGUAACAAAUACUGGGUGUUUAAAGAUACAACUCUUCAACCUGGUUAUCCUCAUGACUUGAUUACUCUUGGAAGUGGAAUUCCUCCUCAUGGUAUUGAUUCAGCGAUUUGGUGGGAAGAUGUUGGGAAAACCUAUUUCUUCAAGGGGGACAGGUAUUGGAGAUACAGUGAAGAAAUGAAGACCAUGGAUCCUGGCUAUCCCAAACCAAUCACAGUCUGGAAAGGUAUCCCUGAAUCUCCUCAAGGAGCCUUUGUGCACAAAGAAAAUGGCUUUACGUAUUUCUACAAAGGAAAGGAGUACUGGAAAUUCAACAACCAGAUACUCAAAGUAGAACCUGGAUAUCCCAGAUCCAUCCUCAAGGAUUUUAUGGGCUGUGAUGGACCAACAGACAGAGAUAAAGAAGGACACAGCCCACCAGAUGAUGUAGACAUUGUCAUCAAACUGGACAACACAGCCAGCACUGUGAAAGCCAUAGCUAUUGUCAUUCCCUGCAUCUUGGCCUUAUGCCUCCUUGUAUUGGUUUACACUGUGUUCCAGUUCAAGAGGAAAGGAACACCCCGCCACAUACUGUACUGUAAACGCUCUAUGCAAGAGUGGGUGUGAUGUAGGGUUUUUUUUUCUUUCUUUCUUUUCCAGGAGUUUGUGGUAACUUGAGAUUCAAGACAAGAGCUGUUAUGCUGUUUCCUAGCUAGGAGCAGGCUUGUGGCAGCCUGAUUCAGGGCUGACCUUUCAAACCCAGAGGGUUGCUGGUCCUGCACAUGAGUGGAAAUACACUCAUGGGGAAGCUUCCAUGAUGCACAGUAUCUGCCGUUCUUCAGUCCUUUGUCUUUCUUUGUCAUUCAGUUCUAGGCCUUUCCUCUGCACGCUCAAUGCCCAGUAAAUUUUCAGGAUUAACUAAAGAAGAGGAAAAAAAGAAGAAAAGAUUCUUCUUAAAGGUUUCUAAUAUUAUUUUCCUUCUGAAGUCUGAGCCCAUAACUGGGGGAAAAAAGCAAAAUGGAAAAACCCAUGAAUUUUUGCUUUAAAGCAAAGAAAAAAAAAGGUUAAACAAAAAACCCACAAUUGAACUUUCAGGAAAGUGUGAAGACCCAAAACAGCUUUGUCUCCAAAGAAGAUAGCUCUCUGACUGCUAUGGAUAGUCUCCUACACUUCAUUUUUGUCAGGUGGGAGAUCUGGAAUACACAUGCAGGACUUUAGACUGUUGGGACAGCCAUUUUCCAACAAACAAGGGGCCAAAAUAUCUGCAAUAUAGUAACAGCCUUAAUAAUACAUCCAUUUUUCGUUUUAUACAGCUGUUCUCAGCUAUGUCCUCAAUGUUUCAUCACAUUUAUAUUCAUAGCUAUAUUCAAACAGGACCUUUUGAUUGUUUUGAAGUGUUUCUAAUCCCCUUCCUGCCACCUGACCCCUACAUCAUUGUGAUAAUCUCCCCAAGUUGUAUUAGGCCAUUGCCCCAGGCCUUCCAUGGGUCUGUCAGGAAUAUUCAUUAAGAGCAAGAAGCAGUAUGUCUCCAAAGUGGUUUAAAGUGACAGUUAUUUUACAAGGAUAUGUGACACUAGUAAUACAUUGGUGUAACCCUUUGAGAACUAUCAGAUCAGCUUUCAGAGUCUUGGGACUGUCAGUCUUGCUAUCUGGUAAAUUAUAGAACUGGGCAAUGGUGAAAACAGGCACAGGUUCAAGAAGUUCAGGUUUUUAAAACAUAUCCUAUGACCCCAUGUAAUUUUUAAGUGAUUUGUGGUACUAUAUAAACGAGUUUAUAGCAAACAGAAAUGUUACUUGCCAAAUUUUUUUCUGGCAAAUAAAAAGAUAUUUUAUUAAGAAAAUGUAAGAGUGAAAUUUUAUUUGAAGAACUGAUUAUAAUAGCCUAAGUCUUUUUUUUUUCCUUAGACAUAUUUAAUUUCUGUUUGAAAAUCCAUUGCAUGAAAAUUCAGUUUGUCUUGGUACAUGCAGUUAGCAUUGCCAUUUUAAAAAUGACUUAAAAUGAUGACUCUGAGAUUGCAUGAAUACCCUCCAGAACACUACCUUAUUGCAUGUCAACCAUAGUUCUCAAAGGGUUAGUGUGGCUUCUGGCAUUUAGCCAUCCAUUUGAUCACUGACAGAGCCAAGAGACCACCAAAGCAUUUCAUUGUUGAGUGUAAUUUGUCCUAACAGCAGUAUUGUCAUUUUCAUGUGACCUGCAGAGCAGGUUUGUAUCAAUAUUUUUUUCCUAGAGAAAAGUCAGCAACUGACAGACCUCUUUAUUGAUUUUUAGGAGCUGCUUCUUGCAGUGAAAGGCUUUACAGCCACUGGGCUGUGAACUUAUUAGAGAUGGUCAGACCGAAUGCACCCCAUGAGUCAGACAUUGGCUUUGUGUGAAAGCCAGCUUUUGAGGGGAUUAGCUUUUGAAACAAUGAACAGCUUGCCUUGAACUUGAUUAUUGAUCUGUUGACUGUCAUUAACAACAACUUAAACAUUGUCUUCUGUGAAAAUUUUCCUUGAAGAGUCCUGUUCUAUGUCUUUGCCCUUUGACCUUUAACUUGCAAACUGGCACAAACUGAAGGAAAUCUGGUGUUGCUUCUCCUUUGGAGUGUUAAUUGUACUCUAAAACCCUAAUAAGCAUGAGCUGUUUCCUUAAAGAGAGAGAAAGAGUGUUGAUGGUGGAUCUGCAGAUGGACACUUUGCUAUUUACAUGCACACUCGAAAAAUGCCCUAUAGGUAGAAGUGACUUUUAAUUUUCUUUUAAUAUAAUUUCAAGUCUAAAUUCAUCAUUUUAAGUACAAAUAUAAAACUAUGGGGGAAAAAAAACCUCAAAAUACUUGAACGGCCAGUGUGGCUUUUAUAUAAAGCAGGAAUUUUAUACUAGUGAAAAUUUCUUACUCAUUUGCUAAUAAUACACAUUUCCAGAUGAUUUUUAAUGAGUGUAGGUACACAUUCUUAUUUGGAAAUGGAUAGUUUGGCUGCCUUGAAUUUAUAUUUAUACUCAACAUAGCAUGAAAAUUAGAAUGUCUUUCGGUUAAACAACAUGUUUAUGAUUUGGUUUGGGAAAAUAUUUUGUAAUCAUGGGUGGCAUGCUGCAAAGCCUUUGCAGAUUGUUUUUUUCUUACAACCUGAACAUAUAUAAUGUAAGGAUAAGAAAAAAGAACAGUUUUAAAAAAGACGAAUGGCUUUACAGCAAAACAUUAUUCAAUGCAAACUGUAUUUUGACAAGAUAUCAGAGAUUAUAUACAUGAGGGCCAAGAAAGAACGCAUGGGGAGAGGACCAAAAUCAGUCCUAUAGCUUUACUUCAGUGCUUCCACUCUAGAUGAUGCUGAUGUUAUAAAGAGUUAGUCACUUCUACUGAGCAUGAAGGACUAUAUAUAUAUAAGCUCACUUAUUCAGUGUGUGCUUAUGGGAGGGUUUAACCCUUUUAGGACCUUGAUGUCAAGAAAAAAGAUGACUGGAAAUUGUAUUUUGCUAAACAUAGAAAUGAGGAACUAUGUCAGUUGGGGACAUGUGUAAAUCAUUGAGGAAUUCCAUCAACCUGCAUUAAACAUUGAUUUUAUUUUUUUUUUCUAAAAUGAGAAAGAAACUGAAGAAGCAAUCUUUUGCCUCUUUACUCAUUUGUCAUAAUAUCCUGAUCCAUCAUAAAACUAUAAGUAUAUAAGGGCUAGAAAAUAAUCAUAGCAUUAAGAAAGGAAAGACCCUAUUGUUAUGCUUGAAUUCUGAAAAUGUCAUGGAUAAGUUUGGGUCAUAUUUACUUCAAUAUGAGAUGAGAUUUAUGUGAUAAGAAAAGGCAUAUACAGCUUCUCUCUUUACUAGAAUAGUUAAAUUUUCAGGCUGUGAGACUACAAGAGAUAAGAAAAUAUUAAGUUCCAUAUAAUCACAAAUACCAAGAUUCUAUUUGUUUAUUGUACCCAGGGCGCUUUGUGAGUGUGGUUGCUGAUUCCUCUUCCUCUUGGGGUUGGGGAGAAAAAGUCUUGAUCCUUUGGAAUAGUGAAGGGAGAGUGACCAACUGGUCCAGCACAUAAGAAUAGUGAUUCAAAAACAACGUGGAAUAAAUUUCCAUGGGUCAACAACAUAAUGUACCAAGUUCAGUCUCAAUAGAAACAUACAAUCUAUCAAAUAUUUUUCAUCACAUUAUUAAUAGCAUGGAAAGUACAGACCUAGUGUUUCUCAAACUGAAAAUGCAUUCAUGAUCACAAAACAUAAUUCUCCUAUUUCAUUACUGAUACUUUAUUACUGAUACUUUAAUAUAAACACAAAUGUAAACAAGGUAAUGUUCCUUACAUAAAUUAAUUCCAUAGUUUAUAAUUUUAGCCAAAUAUUAUUCUAUAUAUUAUUAACUGAACUGAAAUGAAGUAUUAAAAUAGACAGUCUGUAUUCCCUAUAAAGCAGUAAAUCCACAUCAGACUUUAGAGGAGGUUGUGAAUUUAACUAUUGACCCCUUUUAGAACAAAGUGUCUGCUGACAUGGCAAUCAGGACAGGUGAAUACAGAAGCUCUUUACAACUGCAGAGAUACCAUAGAUAAAUUAGAGAACAUUAUAUGAUACUAGCAAAGACAACUUCUGUUAUAAAUCAGAGGGCAAGGCUUUUCUGAAUCAAAUGUAAUAAAUUACUAAGUAAUAAUUUACAGAAAAUAAUUACUAAGUAAUAAAGGAUGGAGACUGAUUUACUGAAAUAAGCAAAUGUUACUUUUACUAGUCAGAUUGCUUGUAAUCUUUUUCUAUUGACACAAUUUGUUUCAUAUACUAUAUACUUAUUUUUUUCCCUUUCUGUGGGUGAUUAAAAAAUGCAAUGUGGUGAAUGAGACCAUUGCCCAACUUCACUGGUAGUUCCAAUAUGUGGAUGAUGUGUAUAUACUGGAUCCUAGGUAUGGUAAUAUAAUACUUCCAAGUUCUGCAUAUUAUGCUGGUAUCUCUAGUAUCAAAUACACGCCACAAUUUGUGAAUCUUACAUAGAGUAACAAAUGUGUCCAUAUUGACUAAAUUCAAUGUGCUAUCAGAAGAGAAAUGGAUGUUAUAAUCAAGUAGAUGGAGUUAACACAAGAGUCAUGAAAAGAUCUUUUUUUUUUUUUUUAAGUUUUGGAAUUAUUUCCAGAAACUAAUAAAGGCGGUGAUUUACUGAUAGUAUUGAGUCUGUGAGAUUGUAACAUAUACUGAAACAACCUCGUGGAUGGUGGUGAAAUCUUUUUCAACAAACGUAGCAAAGAGCUCAUUUAAUUUUUGAUGCUCUCAAGAGCACAUUCCAAAAUAUCACAGAUGUCAAACAGAACAUGCCGUCUAAAGCAAAAAUAUUAAAUUCAGAUAAGCUAUUUAUAAAUAGCUGUAAAUAUAAUCUCAGCCAAUAUAUGAUAUCACAAAAGAUUUCAAGUCAAUAGUAUUAGAGGAUUUAAUCAUUCCAUUGCAUCUCAUGCACCUUCAUGAUACUGAUUUAUUGUGACUGCAGGUUAUAACUGGCAAAGGUUAUGUAUCUAUGUUUUAGGUUCCUUGUUGCUGAAGAGGGAACCAUAGCUACAUCAGAACAAAUUUAUCAGUUAUAUUUUAAAAACUAGAACUUUAUAUAAUAAAGAAAACAGCAACCAGGUGGAGCACCACACCGUAAAUAUGAAAAUUAAAUAAUACAUAUAUUAAAUAUAACGGAAAUGGAGGAAAAAGAAAAAUGAGUGUUUUGUAAAAUAUAAGAACAUACUAUAGCACUCCUUAAUCCAACUGGAAAUUUUACUUUAGCAAGUAUAAAAAUAAAGAAAAAUGCAACUUCAAGCUCUUCAUAUUAGUAAUGGGUAUGUGAUUUAUCAAUGUAUAUAAUUAGCCAGUGGCUUUUAGAUGUUACCCUACAUAAACAUAUCUGAUACUAAUGCACUGCCUUAUAGGCUAAAAAUGUCAAAAGUUAGGUGUUUAGUAACCUCAACUGGAAAGAUAUACGUUAGAAUUUCCUGAGAAAAGCCAUUUCUCUAGGAUAGAAAUUUACCUCAGUAAUCAUAUAACAUAAACACUUGGCAUAGUAGCAAAGAAGUUGCCUAGUGUUUUAAUUUCAUCUAAUCAUAACCUUGGUCUUUCUGUCCUACUCAAAUCAUUUUUUGUUUCCACUGGUAUCAUUUUGAAAUGAUUCAGAGAUAUUUCAGGUCAGAUGAAUGACAUCAACUACAAAUAUCUCUUUCAGCAUUUUAUAUGUAUUUCUACUUUGAAACUUAAACCAAUAGUAUAUACAGCCUAAGAAUGAACACUGAUCUAAACAAACACAAAUUCACAGAAAUUGAGUGAAAAACAGAUAUUAUAAAAUUUGUCAAUAUUCUGGUAGAAUACUGAAGUAGUAGCCUUCAGUUUUUAAACACAGUUGUGAGCUUGUAAUUGGACAGAAACAUGCAUCUUCAAUGCUAAUUCUUUAUAUGAUGUAAGGGUAUAAGAUCAUGAGUACUGUAAAACAGUACAUAACUAAAGAUCUUUAAGGAAAAUGAGGGCAUUCCCAGUUAACUCAUGGUGAGUGCAUAAGUAUAAAAAACAUAUGAAAGAUAUUUAUGAAGAUUUCUAAAGAUUCUAUGCCUUUCCAGUUUAAAGAGCAGUGCAUGUUAAAAAUCUGUCUUAUACUAACAUUGGACUGGGGGUAAUACUCAAGUUUGCACUCAAUGUGGCCUUACAUUCAAGGGCACACUGGGCAUUGUCAGACAAAUACAUCAUAAGCUAGAAUGUUGUGCUGAUUCACAUAACUUUGCCAUGUGCUCUGCUAUAGAGCUGGAUUUGUAUGCCCUUAAGAAGGGAGAAGGAAAUCAAUUAAAUAUAGAUAUGAAAAUAUGAUAAUGUUUCACGUUAGGCCACUUAGCUUCAGAGUAAGAUGUCAUUAACCCUUAUUUCACAUAGGAAAGCCAGAAGGAGAGAAUGGUGAACAUGAAUAAAAUGAUUAACUUUUUGACUUAUCAAGAUGUUUCUUGAGUAUUUUAUCUACUUGUUUUUCUCCAUGAAAAAAAAAAAAUCACGCAAAGUACAGACAUAUCUGUAGCACUUGGUCUGUAGCUAGAGUUGAUCCCAGGCAUAACACUUCUUGACACAGGCCUUUUUAUAAAUGCCUCAUAUACGAUGAAGCUUUGGUGAGAUGUGACUGCAUGGGGGGAUGCUUUUUUCCUAGGAUAGGAUAUGGUGCUGCUUGUACUUGCCACAUUUUGUAUGAAUAUAUGUUUCUAUGUUGGCCUGUCUUGCUACGAUAUGGAUGAAUAAAGCCUGGUGUGAGCUGUCUAUUUGCAAAGUCACUAGAAUGCACGUUUCAUUUGUUCUUUCAUAAUGCCAAUUUGAACUUGUUCCCUCUCUGUAUAUUCAUAACCCAGUUGUGAAGGUAAAACAUAGUUUCCUUGAAUGACUGAUUCAAUAUUUAAAUCAAUGUCACAAUGUUUGCUACCACUGAACUAACACCACAGAGGCCACAUAGGUACUACUGCCUGGGUAAAAUUAGGGUUGUUUUUGUUUUUCUAUCACUUCUUUUCUAUCUGAAGUGGAAUACGUUACUCUUUUACAUGUUCAUAAAUACAAAAUUUCACAAUCUUAGUUACUUUAUUACUUUCAAACAAACCUGAUUUCUUAACAAGGAUGAUUGGGUGUCUGGUUUUUCUGUUCCUCCAAUUCUGAAAUUAUGUGUUUGCUUUCUGUAUGUCACCCCAAAAUACAGAGGGUUGGAGGGAUAUAUUAUUUUGUGUUGUCUUAUGUAGUCUGUGCCCAUAUUUGCAUUCCUUUCCAUUUUAACCUUGCCCCUCUUUUUUUUACAAUUUGAUUUUCCCUUCUGUUUAUGAAAACCAGAAUUGAGCAUUGUAUAGCAGACAUGGUGCCCAGAAAAUACGUUUUUGUUCCUCAGUAAUUUUCUUCACAAGUUUCAUGCAAAGACAGUUCCCAAUCAAUUUCACACACCUUCCAAUCUUUUACAUUGGAUUCUAACAUUUUAGAGCUAUUCCCCUGAGAAAAGUGAAAUGCUGAGUAUGAAGGCUGUUGUCUGUUGAUAAGCCAGCUAAGAAAGUGUGUUUUUGGAGAAUGUAUCUUAAAUAAUUAUACAGGAAAGUAAAUACCAUAAUACAGUGUUCCGUUUAAGGUACAUCAUGUGUAUAUGAAUGCCUAAAACCUCAAUUAUUUGUCUAUUUCCCUUUAUGUGCAAAUUACAUAUAUAUUAUAAAGAGAGAAUAAAAGAAUAAGGGGUAUUAUAGUGGCAGCUUUUUGCUGCGUUGGUUUUGACUGCAUCAGCAUUUCUAUUGUGGACCUCUAUUUUCAGGGGUUUUAGAGAUUCACCCAUAAAAAUAUGCUUCAGGCUUAAAAGUCUUGAAAGAUUUUUUUUUUAGGUAUAUAAUUUUAAAGAAAUAUAUCUUGUUUUUAUAUUAUAGGAAGAAAUAAAUGGAGUUUACUAGUUCAAAUUUGCGCUACUAUAACUUUUAAUAAACUUAAUUUUUUAGCAAAAACAUAGUCCAUAGUCUAUUGAUGAUUUUUUAAAAGAAUUAUUGAUAUUGAGAAAAUUACCUGCUUCAUCAGUGUAGUAAUCUAUCUUCAAGAUGUUUUAAAAUCUGUAUACCUAUAUUAACAUUAUCUUGAAUCCAGUAGUGGAUCAGUAUGAUAAUGAACACAAUUUAUGCCAUCCAUAUGAGCUAUCUGGUAAUAUAGAUUUGGAAAUAUAUAUGUAGUGUGUGUGUGUAUAUAUGUGUGUGUGUGUGUGUGUGUGUGUGUAUGAUGUCUGUGUAUGUAGGUAUGUGAAUGUAUAUAUAUAUAUAUACACAUAUAUAUACAUAUAUAUACACAUAUAUAUGUGUAUAUAUAUAUAUAUACACACAUUCACAUACAUAUUUAACAGACAGAUUAAGGGGAAAAAGCUCCCAUAAAUUUAGUUUAUCAAAUAAAUAACAUAUGCUAUAUUAAAAAAUAAUUGCACAUACAUUUGUCUUUCAGAGCCAGAAUGAGAUGCAAAGCAAUUGCAAAGGAAAGUUGUCUCUUGGGUAAACAGUAGAUAUUUUAUAGCUUCUUAUGAAAAUCAUUUUUCCUUUCUAUAUUGUGGUUAUGGGAAAUUAAAAGAAUGUAAUGCAUAAAAUUAAUGCAGACUUUAUUUAAAUAACAUUAAAACAUGAAGCAGAGAGAAACACUGAGAAAUUAAAUAUUUAGGCUAUUAUCUCUUGGUUGUCUGACAAUACUUUGCUUUUAUUUUAAUUCCCCAUGAUAUUUUCAGUUAUGAAGAGGAUUUAAGAUCUAACUUUAAGCCUCUGGAUUGUUCACUUACACUCAACACUACUUCAUUAAGUUUCUGAUAAUAUGUAGUCUUCUGUGUGCAAGGAAAGAAAUAAAUAACACAUUUAUUUGCUGAAUGAGCUUUAAGGUUUGCAAGUUGUUAGUGGUUUUUUUGCCCACACAGGAUUCUAUACAUUUAUAACAUCUUAAAUCUGGUGUGUGUGUGUGUGUGUAUGUGUAUAUAUACACACACACACACACACACACACACAUUUUCAGAUAGCUUCUACUGACAAACACAAAGCUUGUUUGUGUGCAAAUAUAAGGCUAAAUAAAUGGUGCUAAAGUGUAUUAUGACUGUCAGAUAUAAUCAGGCAAAAUUUUGUGGUGCUUAAUUUUUCAUUGAUUUUAUUGAUCAAUGCAUUGAACAGUGUUUAUUAUUCACAAGUUGUCUUUUAUUAGUAAAUCAAGGCCUCAUAGCACAUUGUUAAAUAAAGUGGUUGACUAGUCUAUGUAACAGCUCACCAAGCUACUAUCUCUUCAAAUCCUUAUAAUGUUGCGUCAUUAAAGGUCAAGGGGUCAUGCUAUUAAUCUCAUCGCUGUAGACCAUUAACAUGACUGAACUUUUCCACAAAGUACUUAUGUUUACAAUGCUAUAACCCUUUGACUGCUGCGGCAACCUUUAACCACACAAAUGUCACAAGCUAGAAUCAUCAGCAUGGUUCUUGCCAUGGCAAUCAAAGAGUUAAGGGCUGUGCAGUGAUUUGUUUUGUAUUUAUUAAUUUAUAUUUAUUUUAUUUCCAUUCAAGGAGGGGAUUUUGGGUGGGGCAGUUUUUGUCUGCUGUAAGUGUCUUAACCUAGGGAAGGGUUAAAUGGCUUUUUAUACUAUUGCAUCUUCUGUAUUUACCAUCAAUUCAUUGUGUUGUAAUUAAAAAAAACUGUCAAUAAAUAAGAGAAAAGAAAAACAGUUCAUAGGCAUUGUGGUUUUACUCAAUGAAUGAUAUACACACAUUUAUAGCUAAUAUGGAGGCUGUGAUCUAUAGCAGUAG